GUUUUCAAGAACUCGGCGACCUGUCCAAACCCUCUGUCCGCCUUUUCAAUCAAAACCCAAAAUUCUCUCUUCAAUCAAUACCCAUUAAUCUCUCCCUUCAUUCAGAAGAAAACCCAGAAAUCUUCUUGCUUUUUAAUAGUCUGAUAUGGAUUCAACACCGCAUUCUCAUCGAUCUGAGCCCAGGUCUCGAAUAAAAUCGGCCUCCCGUCUCGGAAGAAUCGGAGAUCUCAAUGUAGAAAGUGAAGAGUCUCCCCAUCUUUCUCUUGAUCUCGUGCCUUCGCCAACACCCAAGAAGACCCCAUCGCCGUCCAAAUUGUCUAUAAAAACUCCAAAUUCUCUUCCCCUUCACGAGCUCUUGCUUCUUUCAGGCUCUCCGCGACGAAAAUCCAGGACUCGUCUCGCGGAUCGGCUCGACAUGGGUGAGGAGCCGGUGGAUCCAGCUGGUUCUCGCCGGCGGCAGUGCAAAAGUAGGAUAACUCAAAUGGGUCUACUGGGUUGUGCCUCGCCGAGGAAUGCUCGGAGGUCCAGGAGGCGAUCGGAGCUUGAGAUUCGAGAAGAGAAGGAAUUGGGCUUGAUGGAGGAGAUUGGAAAGCUAAGGAAAAGGAGGCACAGUGGGCGGUCGAAGAAGGAGAAGCUGAGUUUAGUCCCUUCUAUGCCUUCCUCAACUUCAUCUCCAAAAACCGAAGAUGAAGAUGGAGGCAAUCUUGAUCGAAUCGGGCUGCUGAUAACUGAUUUGAUUAUGUGGAGAGAUGUUGCCAAGUCAAGCCUUUGGUUCGGCUUUGGAACUCUCUGUAUCUUGUCUUCUUGCUUUACUAGAGGAAUUAACUUCAGCAUUUUCUCGGCGAUAUCUCAAGUGGGACUUUUGCUUUUGGGUGCAUCAUUCUUCUCGAAUUCAAUCAGUCAAAGAAAUAAUGUCGAAAAGAGGCAUGAUCUUAAGCUUAAAGAAGAUGACAUUUUUCGUCUUGCUAAAGUGAUACUUCCGGCUACAAAUCUUGCUAUUUCAAAGACAAGAGAGCUCUUCUCAGGAGAGCCAUCCAUGACCCUCAAAGUAGCUCCAUUCCUAGUUUUAGGAGCUGAGUAUGGGCACCUUAUAACACUAUGGAGGCUCUGCGCAAUUGGAUUUUUGAUCAGCUUCACUAUCCCAAAACUAUAUUCCUGCUACUCCAUUCAGAUAAACCAAAAAGUUGUGUACUUGAAAUGGUGGGUGUUGGAAACAUGGGGUGCUUGCUCUCACAAGAAGAUUGUGGCUGCAUCAGCUGUCACAGCCUUUUGGAAUCUGUCUACUCUAAAAACCCGUAUUUUCACAGCAUUUAUAUCUCUGGUUAUACUCCGAUACUGCCGACAGCACCUAGCACCGAAAUUGGAAGAAGGUGAAGACGAAGAAGGAGAACAAGGGCAGCUACAACAGCAGGCAUUGGUUGUGGUUUGCCCAAAAUAGUAGUUCCAUUCAUCUAACACCAAUGUGUUUGUAUGUUCAUUACUACAUAUAGACAGAUGGGGCAUUGUCUAAUAGUCAGCUAUAUACUUGAUGCUGAACCAUAAAAAGUGGCUCAUCUAUGUUCAACAUGUAUAAUAAAAGGCUUGAAUUUCUUAUCUUCUAAUUCAUUCUUAU